AUGAUUAUGGGCGACUUCAACGCUGACCAGCUGUCUCAGCGAGCUGAUGCUCUAUAUGUUCGCACUCUAAUGAGUGAUCUCUCACUGAAGUUGGUGAAUCAUGGCGUCACUCAUACUACUCUUACCUCGUCAACAUGGCUUGAUCUCUGCUUCACUGAUGAGUGUGACACAAUCACUGACUGGUACACUUCUGAACGUCCCAUGGCUGCGGGACAUCAUCUCAUCUCAACAUCGAUAGCCGUUCGUGGAUGUAAUCCCCGUGCUACUACUAUCUUGUCUCGCCAAUUAUCUCGUCUCCAAAAAGAUAACGUGGUUGAGAACUUCCAGAGGACGCUCCAUAACAUAGAUAGGCAGGCUGACACUAAUGGUCAGGCUGUGGCUUUCACUAGCACCUUCCUGUCGCUAGUUGAUGCUCAUGCUCCCUUGUGCCAGAUGCAAGUGAACUCUACCAAGACUGCCGCCUGGCUCACUGUUGACCUGCGGCUGUCCGACCAACAUGUGACACACUUGUACAGACGUUUCAAACGCAGGCGUACUCAUCAGCGGCUGCUUGAAUUUCGUCUGGUCCGAAGCCUUCAUCAGUCAAAACUCAUGGAGGCGCGCAUCAAUUAUUAUCACUCUCGAAUGUCUGGGUUAUCGGGUGCGGCUUUAUGGAGAGAGUUACGCAAUCUUGCAUUGACAGCUGGCUCGAGCACUAGCCCUAUAAUCUCAUCUGAUGUCUUGAAUGCGCAUUUUGCUACUGUCUCAACGGUAUUACCUGAGGAUCAGCCCGAGCUUAUAUUGGACCGUUCUUGUGAAUCCUCCAGACCCUCUUUCUCCUUCUCGCAGGUGAGUUGGCUCAGCAUUCAGACAGCCAUCUCCUCUAUCAAAUCCAAUGCAGUUGGUGCUGACGGCAUAUCCACAAAGAUGGUCAUGAAUUUAUUGCCGGCCUUGGCUGACAGUCUUCUCACUCUCAUGAAUCAGUCCUUUGAGGAUUGUGUUUUCCCAUCUAUUUGGAGGCAAGCCAUCAUCGUUCCAGUGUGCAAAGUGGCCUCACCAAGAUCUCCAGCAGAUUAUCGGCCGAAUGCCCUUCUUCCUUUCCUUGCGAAAGUACAGGAACGACUGGCCUUCAAUCAGCUAUCUAGAUAUCUUCAAGCUCACAACAUGCUUGAUCCUCGUCAAUGUGGAUUCAGGGUGGGUCACAUCACGCAGACAGCUUUACUUAGAUUGGUGAAUGAUGCGAGACGGAGCGUUGAUGAUCGUAAAGUGACAGUCCUAGUCCUCUUUGACUUCUCCAAUGCAUUUGACACAGUCUCGCGUCCGCUGCUCCUAGCUAAGUUGUCGUCCUUCAACGCUGACAUCGCCCGGGUUCAGGUGUGGGCAGCUGCAAAUCGUCUUCAGCUGAAUGUCAACAAGACCAAGGCAAUCAUCCUGGGUGCUAGACGCUUCAUCAAUGCCAUCGAUGUCGACGUCAUGCUGCCUCUUGGUACUGAUGGCGCUGCCAUCGAGCUUGUGUGCUGCGUUAGAAACCUCGGGGUUUUCAUCGACAGCAAAUUAACGUUCAGUGCUUACAUCCAACACGUUGCCUCCAAAAUCAACUACGCUUUCUAUCAGCUCUACAGCUUACGGCACUACACUGAUGUCCCCUUGAGAAAGCUGUUGGUUAACGCCCUCAUUUUCCCUCACAUCUUCUACUGCCUGGCAGUACUCCAGGGCAUGGGCUCAGUACUUGAUCUCCUACUACAACGGAUGAUAAACCGCGCUGUGCGGUUCGUGACAGGACUGCCUCGUGAUGCUCCUAUCUCGGCGGUGAGACGGAGUCUGGGAUGGCUCACAAUUUCUGGGUACCGCACAGCCACUAUUGCCUCCAUCAUGUACCAGGUCCAGAAUUCUUCUAGUCCUUCCUACCUUACAGAACUCUUCGCCUCUUACACAUCCAGCAGGCCCCUCCGUCAGGUGCUAGCGCAACAGGCGUUGGUUGUUCCGAAUUAUCGCACCGACACAUAUCGAGCUGCUCUGGCCGUAGCCGCCCCAGAGGUCUGGAAUAGUAUCCCUGUGCUUAUCAGGGAGCAACCUUCGUCUACUGCCUUCAAGCUCCAGUUGCGACGCUGGUUACUGGAUCAAGAAGGGCCGGGUUGA